UUAUAUAAGAUUUUAGUUAUUUCACAAUUAAAUCAGCUCCAUUAUUUAAAUUUAUUUUACCUCUGUAGAAACAUAUUUAUUUAUAGAAAUUCGAGUCAAUUGUCUAAGACGUAUCAUUUUCCAAGCUUAUUUGUAAAUUAAUUAAAAAAUUGUAAACACACUUAUACAGGUUUCUCUGGAUAGGUACGUUCACUAAGUAAUAGAAUAACUGAAGUAUCUAAUGUCAAAAUCAGCUGAUACUACAGUAAGCGCGAAAUUGAUUAGAGCUGUGAAGAGUUAAUUUUGUUUUGUUUUUACUUGGUAUAGAAAGAUGCCUAUCUUAGUAAAAACAUCCUCUCCAACUACUCUUGAGGAAUAUGCAAUUGUUGAGCUUCAGGGAGAUCUCGAAAUUCGUUCCGGAGAGAAUAUUCAUAAUCUAUUCAUAGGGGACUUGUAUUAUAAUAAAUACGGACAGCCUAUACUUAUAAUUGGGCAUCAUAUUCUGCAAGGAAGAGAGCAAAAACUAGAAAAACCAUUCGCUGUACUUGAAAAAUUUAAAACCAAGGAUGGGAAGUCUUCAUUGAACGAUACAGAUAUCGCAUGCGAUUCCAACGCUACACUAAAUAGAACAAUUGAUUGUACAAUUUUAGACAGCACAGUUGCUCUGGAAAAUAAAUCACGACAAAACACCGAAUACAUAGUUCGUGCUUUAUGCACAAAAAAACUCAUUUUCAAAUCACGUCCAAAACCUAUUAUUGCGAAUGUUGCAACUUCCGUUUGAAAGUAAAACUACUAUUUAGAAUUUUUAUGUUUUUAUAAUAAACACAAAGCCAUUCAAAUAUUGUC